AUGCUUGGCUUUGUGAAGCCAUGUGCACACGACGGCACGACUUGCAUGCUCCACGACCACACCACCACCGACGCCUCCGCCGCCACAGGAUCAAGUCACAACGCACAGCUGUCGGCACUCUAUCAUUCCGGCAACGCCGCGCGAUGGAGAAGGAAGCAGCAGGAGGAUCAUUUUAGUCAUCAUCAGCAGAGGCCAACGGCGCUGAGUGCUGGGGUCAGACAGCGCAGUAUGGAGGAGGUUCAUGGGGUGGACGUUUCGUGGUUGCAUAAGCCUGGGAAGCAGCAGCAGCAGCACCAGCAGCAACAAGAUGGGAUACCAGAACUCCACCGUAAGCAUGCUGCCCCGCCAUCACAGAAAGCCGCUGUUGCCGAGCGCAAACCUCUCCCUCACGCGAGCACUUCGCCCAUGCCACCACGACGACCCAGUCCACAGCCAUCCACCGACAGAACACCGAACCGACUGAAUCAGUCUCCUGCUGUGGUGACGCCACCGACACCCGCCCAUCCUGCCAAGGAUACCACGCCCGCCGCACCUUCCACGCCGACGCCAGCAGCUAUUCAGAAUGGCGCGAAGCCACAGGCUAAACGGCCGGCGAUGCUUAGUCGGGUGAGCUCGAAAGGGAAGGAGAGUGAAGGUCGGCGGAGCUCAUGGUUGAACAAUAUCAGCUCCAAGUUCUCCUCUCAGCAAGCUACUACAGAUCGUUCCGCGACAGUACCACUACAACAGACUCUAUCCAAUGGUCAGACGCCGCCAGUAUCCGGUGCGCCGUCGCCAGGCUUGAGUCCGCAGACUGAAGAGGCGGAAGAACCGAGUCCAUAUAUUCCCAGCAGACCAAAGGACUCGAGCUUCUUCUCCAGCAUCACCAGACGAUUGAGCUCGGCGAGUACAGCUAGCGUGCCCAGAGGCCAGACCGGAAGUGGUGGAGUGUGUGCGAGGAGGGUGCUGAAUGUAGACCCGAACCGGCAGCGAUGUCUUGUGCCGGAGAUGGACCCAGGGAAGCUGCGGAAAGUGUCGUUCUGUGUCGAUGUGGAGAUUGCCGGGCGACCACAAUACACCAACGAGGACGACAACGGGCCCGAAAAUCAACAGCAGAAAAAGCAGGAUGCGAAGAUGAAGGAGCGGGCGGAGGGAGAAGCAUUGAAGCGACCACAGGCGAUUGAGGAGGAGAAGGAUCGAGAGGGUGAGGUCAAGUUGGAUGCGAGGUCGGCCAAGGCUUUGGAUAUGGGUAAGAUAUCCCGGAAGAUAAGCAGAGAGGAUGAUGAUGCCGAAGCUGGUGCUAGCCCACCGGACGAUGGUAGUCUGGAGUCGGCGGCGAGGAAGAGAGAGAAGAAGCAGAGGUCUGAGGCGGAGCGUAAGGAGCGAAAGGAGAAGCGGAGACGGAGAGCAGAGGAGAAUGGUCAGCUACCGGUUGAGAUGCAACUGGGUGAUGGGUCGAACGAGUCCGUACCGAGGCCGAUGUCUGGAGCGUCGUUGUCUACGGCAAACGCCAACAAUGCUAUGGAUACCCCACCUCCCGUCGGCUCUUUACCAGAUAUACCUGUGACCGGUUCUGCGCCGCCACCCAGGGCGGAUAGACCUACGACUGAUCCUGUGAGGAUAUACAGGAGAUGUUGUCAGCUUCGAGAGACGCCGAUCCUCAAGCGCAUUACUGAACAGCUCAUGGCACCAAACUGCACUCUUCCUGCAGAGCCUGGCGUGGUCAAUUGCCUGGACUUGACAAGCUCGCGACUACAGCUCGCGGAUGUGGUCACGCUCGGCGACUGGUUGGCAGUAGUACCUGUCCGAGUCCUCAAGCUGGAGGAUGCUGAUCUCAACGACGAAGGCGUAAGAUGUGUGCUCGCCGGACUUCUCGCGGCCAAGCGACCAGAGCCCACGAAACGCAAGUCCAAGGAGCCACGACACCGCGAACCUCUCCGCGUGCCGCAAGUCCAAGAACGUGCCGGCGUGGUGGAGAAGCUGAACCUCAAGCACAACCCUCGCAUUUCCCGGCACGGCUGGAAGCACAUCAGCUUGUUCAUCUACAUGUGUCGUUCGCUCAAAGCCAUCGAGCUCAGCAUGAACCACUUUCCCGACACUCUCCCGGCCUCGCCUCACGUCACGCAAACUAAAAGUCCGCAAGGCGCGCCUCGAGGUGAUGGCUCGGAUACCGAAGCAGCGGAGAUUUUUUUCAAAUGCCUCAGCGAGCGUCCAGGAGGGUCAAAACUGGAAGAACUUCAGAUGUCCGAAUGUGGCCUCUCCACCAAUCAAGUCCGCAAAGUCGUAGACGGCGCCAUCAUGGCAGGCGUCUCCCGUCUCGGCCUGGCGGGCAACCAUCUCGACGACGAAGGACUCGGCCACGUCCUCCGCUACAUCCGCUCCGGAAUCUGCCAAGGUCUCGACCUCGGCGGCAACGACCUGCACAACAAAACCUCCAUCUUCGCCGAAGCCAUCAACAGCAAAAUGCACCUCCCCUGCUGGGGCCUCAGCUUCGCAGGCUGCAACCUCGACACCCAAGACCUCAAAGCCCUCUUACCCGCCCUAGCCAAACUCCCCGAUUUCCGCUUUGUAGACUUCUCCCACAACCGCAACCUCUGCACCCACGACAACGGCACCAUCUCCCUCUUCCGCCGCUACAUGUCGCAAUUCAAAGACUUGAAACGGAUCCAUCUCAGCGACGUGGGGAUGAGUCCUAAGCAGGCUAUUGCGCUGGCGGAUUGUCUCCCCGACGGGCCCAAGUUGGCGCAUCUGAAUAUUUUGGAGAACCCGAUGUUGAGUGCCUUGGCGCAUGCGAGGGAUGAGGGGAUGCAGGAGGAGGCUUGUGCCGUUUAUGCGAGUUUGAUGGCGGCGGUUCGGGUGUCGAGUACGCUUAUUUGUAUUGAUAUUGAUGUGCCGAGUCCGGAGAAUAGCGAGGUUGUCAAGGCGUUGGCGAAGCAGGUUGUCGCGUAUAGUUUGAGGAAUAUGGAGCAGUUUGCUAUUGCGGAAGCGACGGGUGCGCUGACGACGGCUAAUGCGACUGCUAAGCUGACGGAGCCUCAUGGUGGUGAGAGGGUGGUGAAGGAGAUUACGGUCCCUGACGUCCUCAUGCAUCUUGUUGGCCAUGUGGAUGGGAAUUCCGAGAACCACGACGGUGACGAUCCUGCGCCAGAUGAGGAUUAUAUUGUUGGAGGCACAGGCGUGGUCAAGGCUCUACAAUACGUCCUCGGCGAGAAAGCAGACGAUCUCAGACGAACGAGUGUCCCCGGCACACCCAUCUCCGGCGCCAUGACGCCUCGCGAAGGAAGACCGGGCUCAUCAGCCGGCUUCCCACCCACGGAAGAGCAAAGAGGCAAAGCGAAGAAAAUGAGCAUCAACCUCCUCGGCAGCGCGCGCAAGAUCCGCGCCCGUCUCCAACCAGCGCUACUGAAAGAAUCCAGCAACGGCGACGAACUCGCCUUCCGCCGGCUGAACUUCCUCGACUCGACGCUACAAAACAUGAUCGAGCGCUUCGAGCAAGAGUACCCGGAGACUCGCGAAGUGCUGCCUGGGAGCCCCCACCUUUCCACCUCCAUCGCCUCGAGCCAGGGCUCUACGGAUCGGAAAACAGAUCUGAGUAUUACUACUACAGCCACGGAUUUCACGCUCAACGCCUCAGACGAAGAAGACGCGGACGACGCCCGCGCCAUCAAACCCCCAGGUCUCAAACGCCACGGCUCCGAGGUCUCGCUCGCCGGCCGCGCCUUAUCGCUCGAGGAAGGCCGCUUGCAUCGUCUCGGCCAAGAACUCCGGCGCGAAGUCGUCGAUUCCCCUACGUCCACCACCACCACCACCACCACCACCACUUACCCCAUCCGCAACCACAAGGACAUGGAAGCCGAGCGGAUCAGACGACUAGGGGAGAAACUCGAAGCGCUCAGCGGCGCGGAACUGAAGACGAUCGUGCAGACGGAAGGGUGGGAGACGGUGUUAAGGAAAGUGGGCGGGAAUUAUGAUGAUUUGAGGCUUUUGCAGGAGCAGGAUCCGAGGGGUUGGGAGGAGUUUUUGGAGGGGCAGAGGAAUGCUAGGUUGAAUUUGGAUCGGGAGAGGCCGGGGAGUAGAGGUGGGAGGUGA